GCGACGGUCGUGGAUCACCCAGUUGGCCACUGGGCUGCAGAGCGCGGCAAUUGGGAGCCAGGGCCAUGCAGCGACUGGGUUGUGGGGCGGCUGCGCUCCUGCGCAGGAGCCAGGGGGACGGCGCCGCUGCCGCGCUCGUGCCGCAGCUGGUGCGCAGCUAUGCCACGACGCAGAUGACCAUUCGUGAUGCGCUGAACUCAGCCAUGGAUGAGGAGAUGGCGCGGGAUGAGACUGUGUUCAUCAUGGGAGAGGAGGUGGCUGAGUACCAGGGUGCGUACAAGAUCACACGAGGCCUGCUGCAAAAGUAUGGGCCCAAGCGUGUCAAGGACACACCCAUUACAGAGGCGGGAUUCACGGGUAUCGGCGUGGGCGCCGCCUUCCAGGGCCUGCGCCCCAUUGUGGAGUUCAUGACCUUCAACUUCUCCAUGCAAGCCAUCGACCAGAUAGUCAACUCCGCGGCCAAGCACCACUACAUGAGCUCGGGCGCCGUCACCUGCCCCAUCGUUUUCCGUGGCGCAAAUGGCGCAGCGGCGGGCGUGGCGGCGCAGCACUCGCAGUGCUUUGCGGCCUGGUACAGCUCCGUGCCCGGCCUCAAGGUUCUGGCGCCAUACGACAGCGAGGAUGCGCGGGGGCUGCUCAAGGCCGCCAUCCGUGACCCCGACCCCGUGGUGUUCCUGGAGAAUGAGAUCCUGUACGGCGAGCCAUUCCCUGUGGAUGAGGCCGUGCUGGACAAGGACUUUGUGGUGCCCAUCGGCAAGGCCAAGAUCAUGCGCAGCGGCAGCGACAUCACGCUGGUCGGCUUUGGCAAGAUGGUGGGCUACAACCUCAAGGCGGCUGAGCUGCUGGAGCAGGAGGGCAUCAGCGCCGAGGUGCUCAACCUGCGCAGCCUCAAGCCCAUCGACCGCGACGCCAUCGCCGCCUCCGUGCGCAAGACGCACCGCGUGCUGUCGGUAGAGGAGGGCUGGCCGCAGUCGGGCGUGGGCUCAGAGAUCAUAAGCAUCGCGAUUGAGGAGUGCUUUGACGACCUGGAUGCGCCGCCGGAGCGGGUGACGGGCGCCGAGGUGCCCAUGCCGUAUGCACAGAACCUGGAGGCAGCCGCCCUGCCCACGGUGGAGCACGUGGUGGCUGCUGUGAAGCGGAUGAUGGGCAAGUGAGCGGCGCAGCGUGCAGCAGCAGGCGGCUGAGGCCGCAGCAGCGGCGCACUAAUCGAAGGAUUUCGCUGGCAGGGCUGGUGGCGCCAUUUGCCGCUGGCCCCGCUGGCGCGGUGGUUCCAUUUGUCUGGCGUUUGGCUUCCAUUUGUUUCUGUUUCCCUUUUCUCUGUGAAUUGAUCGUCUGCCG